AUGGAAGAUUUCAUGGAACAAGCGCUUGAACAAGCCAAACUGGCCAACAAACUAAAAGAAGUUCCAGUAGGAUGUGUUUUUGUCUACAUGGGCGAAAUCAUAGCUAACGGAUGCAAUCGAGUGAACGAGACAAAAAACGCUACCCGUCACGUGGAAUUUAUCUGCAUCGACCAGGUGCUAGAAUUCUCCAAAUCAAGAGGACUAAACUACGUGGAUGUAUUUCGAGAGGUAACCGUUGUGGUUACCGUCGAACCGUGUAUAAUGUGUGCCGCUGCUUUGAUUAGUUUGAACGUGAAGGAAAUUAUCUAUGGUUGUCGCAAUGAUCGUUUCGGAGGCUGCACCGUACUGGAUGUGCCGAGUUUGCUGAACACCAAGAUUCCCAUCCGAGGUGGUCUGCGAGCGGAAGAGGCCAUGGAACUGCUGAAAACGUUUUAUAAAGGAGACAACCCUAGGGCACCUCUACCGAAGGAGAAACCGCUUUGAUAAGUAUUGUUUUUAUUUUCUUGGAUGUAUUUUUCAUUCAGACAAUCAUUUCUAAAAAAGAACUCUAAGACAUCUUGAUAUCAA